AUGUAUAAAGUGGGUCAUUCGUCAGCAGUGCCCCGUUCAACGUUGGUGUAUAAUGGACGUCGAAACUUACCAGCUCGAUCAGGGAUUUGUGAGAGAACACUGAAUCAAUAUGGUGUUCACAGUGAAAAACCUUGCAGAAAUGAAAUGAAUACGCAAAUCCCUGCACUGUCUAAACGGAUUCAUACUCGUAUGUCAUCAGAUGCUACGAAAUGUAUAAAUAUGGAAACUGUAUCGGUUUUAACGAAAGCAACUGAAGAAUUUCUUCGUACUCCGGAUGGUCAUCCUGAUAAAACUAUCCAGCAUUAUCGACCAAAGGGACAGCUACCAGAAGAUUUCGCACCUUUCGAUGUUGAAGGUUAUUUGACGGAGCGUUUUUUAAGAGAUGUUAACUUGGAUCCAAAAAUUUUAAGUGGUUUUUAUAAAUGA